GCUUUUGAACAAUUUGGGAGCAAAGACGGCUCUGGAAUGGACGGCUCUGAAUGGACGGCUCUGGAAUGGACGGCUCUGGGAUGGACAGGUCUGGGUUGAGCAUUAAAGAAUUGCCACUUUUCGAUGAUCCAUCGCAAACUUGUGACGGAACCAGGGACCAAAUAAUCAACAUCACCUUCACGGACAUCACUGGGUGCUUCCGAUUCCAAACGCCCGGUUUUAAUGCUGGUGGAUAUCCAAAUUCGACAGCAAAGCCAAACAGUCGCUACUCUUGCGAUUACCAGCUUUUGUUCGGCGACAAUGAUGUUACGGGGACAGUGACCAUUUUCAAAGAAGGUUUCGAGUUCUCAAAAAAAGGCGAUUGUGUCGAUUAUUUCGGAAUGGGUGUUGUGGACAAUAUCAGUGAUCCCGAGGAUGUUAGCAACGUCCCGGGUGUUGUAUUUUUUUGCGGAACACUCUCUUCGGACAAAGAGCGAACCUUCCAUUCCCAAUCCUUUGUUAUUGGAUUCUCAGCCGAUAAGACAAUCAGCGGCAAUGGCGCAAAAGUUCUUUUGUGUUUUGACUGAAGCAAGAAGUCAGCAACUUAUUUGUUCGAAGAAAUUGCGAAGAGUGAAGAAGAAAGCUUUCAUUGGAAAAAUUUGAAUAAUCCCCAAGAUUAAGAAAUUUUGAAUUGUCACAAUCGUGUGUCAGCUCAAAUACAAUUUCCUUUUCAGUCGGCAAUCGAUAAGGAUCAUCCAAACCAUU